UUUGUAGAAGCGUCAUAGACGCAGUCGGAGAAUGAAAUAUACUUUUGAAAAGUUUGAAGGUUGUGAAUCCGACAAAGGGUCCGAGCCUCCAGCCAUCAACAUCAUCCAUUUCAUCUGCGGACAUUCUUUCCUCACUUCGCAUUCAUUCAUGUAUGAUUGAGGCUGAUUAUGGUCAUAGCCACUCUCUUGAACUCCUGUCUCGUCUUAUCCUGCUGGAAGAAGCUAUCACUGCGAUUCAACCAUGCCAUCAAAAACCAUAGGCCCGCAGAAGCCAGCUCCAAAAGAGGGAACAGUCCGUAAGAGGCGAGCACAUCACAAGUCUCGAAGAGGAUGUCGGAAUUGCAAACUUCGAAAAGUCAAAUGUGAUGAAACCCGCCCCAAAUGCGAGAAGUGCGUCUCUUUCGGGGUAAACUGUAACUACGACUCCGGUUCUAAAGCCUCCGACCUUCAACCGUCCUAUGACAAGCAAGUAACACUCUUAACUCCGCCCACCACACCUCCAUCCCAAGGUCUUGGCCCCAGGAUCAAAAUCCCGACGACCUUGUAUCCACCUAUCAUUACCGGAGACGAUUUAUCGAGUUUCCAGCUUGAUACAGAGAGUUUGAGUCGCCUAGACAGGUUCCAGCAUAGGACUGUAGGGACGAUUGGGACGAAGAGUGCAGGGAAGCUGUUUGCUCAUCUGACCGUGGAUCUUGCACUUGCGCAUCCAUACUUAAUGCACGUAGUCCAAGUCCUGACCGUCAUCCACGACCGCUACCUCUCUCCCAACCCUUACUCCAAACAAACUCUCACAGAAGUCUUCCACCUCUCUCGCGCCGCCGCCCUCUUCAACCGCAAACUCUCCGAACCAAUCCAGCUCCAAGACCGCGACGGUCUCUGGGCCACUGCCGCCCUUCUCGGUCUCAUCGCCUUUUCUCUCACAGAUGCUUCCGACGCCGAAGAAUCUUGGCCCCUGGCCGUAAAUGAAGAUGCUGAUCCCCUAGAAUGGAUAUCCAUCGCAGAAUCCAAGUCCGCGAUCUGGAAUCUCACGAAUCCGCUGAGACCCGAUUCAAGGUUCUCCAUCAUGAAACAUGAUUACGAAACCUCGCAUCCAGCGUUCAAAGUCCCACUCCACGGUAUUGAGGGAAUCCCGCCACAGUUCGUCGAGCUGUAUGAUCUCAAUGACUGGGUUUCGGCAAGAGUCAACCCAUAUUAUACUUCCGUUCAUAUCAUGAUGCCUCUCUUACCCAUCCCGUGCGAGAGAGCGAGUAUCAUUCGCUUCCUAGCGUUCGUCGGCCACAUGGAUGAAGGUUUCAAGAAACUUCUUCGAGCUCGAGAUGCUCGCGCGCUUUUACUACUCGCGUACUGGUACGCCAAGGUCUGGAAAGCGGUUUGGUGGAUUGAACGGCGUGCGGUUCUCGAAUGCAAGGCCAUUUGUUUGUAUCUGGACAAACAUCACAAGGAUGAUAAGUUGUUGCAGGAGAUGUUGAUGUUUCCAAAGAGGAGGUGCGGUUUGGCGAUUGAUACCAAUUGGAUGGGCGAGGAGGAGCGAGUGCGAUUCAAUACGGGGACAGGGUCGGAUGCAAUAUUGGCGAGUAUGGAGUUGUUCAGAGCUAGGUUCGAAGGCACUGCGACACAGCAGGGAUUUUCAGUUGUAUGGCCGGUGUGCAGUACUGAAAAUCGUACUGAAUCUUCAUGAGAAUCGGAGGACUUCAGACGACUGACGGGAUGGGGCGAAGAAUCGGUCAUCGGGCGCUGUUGACCUUGCCCCUCGAAGGCAUGGACGAGAUCACUAGUAAGACAACAAUGUCGACAGAACGCAGACCAGUCGCACAGGAAUGGUGAAAGAUUUGCGCACCACCAAGAAGCAAGAAGAGUGACCACUACCUGAGA